AUGGGAUCCGAGACCGUCGGAAUCCAAUGCGAUUCCGCCACCAGGAUUUCAUGGGAUCCAUCGAAUUCCUCUCGCAAAGAUGAGUCAAAUACGAAAGAUCGUUUGGCGGAAUUUGCUAAGGAAGUUAUAACAUUAGGCGAGCAGAAUGUCACCAUCAGUCCACAGAUGUUGAAGGAGCUGAGCGAAAAAUAUCAUAUUUCACCACCGUCUACAUGA